CAUUGGCGGCUUCGGUGGCGGCGGCUUCGGUGGUGGCAAGGGAGGCUUCGGAGGCGGCCAUGGCGGAGGCAUUGGCGGCGGCAUGGGCGGCGGAUAUGGUGGUGGUAGCAUCGGCGGCGGCCAUGGCGGCGGCGUCGGCGUCGGCAUCGGCGGCGGCCAUGGCGGCGGCAUCGGCGGCGGCUUCGGUGGUGGAAAGGGCGGCUUCGGCGGCGGCCAUGGGGGCGGCAUCGGCGGCGGCUUCGGUGGCGGCCAUGGGGGCGGCAUCGGCGGCGGCUUCGGAGGUGGCAAGGGCGGUGGCAGCAUCUACGGCUAAGAUGAUUCACCCCCUACGCCCCUUCCCUCCCGUCCCGUCCCUCCCCUUCCCUUGCCCUUCAUCCCCUUAUCGCUAGAGGGAGAGAAAACGGCAAGGCAAUGACCCCCUUCAACCCAAACCAAACUCCAAUGGCUUUUAUAUUUUUUCUACUGAUGUCUAUAUUUUUGUACUGUCACGAUAAGGGAGAAGAAAAAAGAAUGUCAAAUGGAGAGUCACGCGUGUUUGAUCAGUAUUAUUACUAUUAUUAUUAUUAUUUUCUUAACGUGUCAUGUCAAGCAACCAACCACUGACUGAACUGUUUUCCUUCUCGGGGUCACAAACCUCGAAGGGCCCGCGAUGACUUGUGAGAAAUAAAAGAGAAAUGAACGAA